AUGACCACUUCGUUUCUGGAAAAUAAAAUUUUGAAUCUACAGGCCCGAUUGAAGGCGGACGGCGAUACCAUUGAGGAGAUGCCACCUCCAUCACUCUCCAGUCCCCGACAGGGAUCGGGGAGACGACCCAAACAACUUGGUGACAUGGGUACCCCGACUAGAACUCGUAAGCAUAUAGACCUACCGGUAAGCAUAAUGAUGCAGCCGCGGGUCGAAGACACUUCUGAAGUUGAAGUCAAGAUGAAACAGAUCAUGAAAAUGAGUGGUUUACUUACAAUCAAUGGAAUAACAUAUAAAACUGAGUUAAAAGAUUUAGAGCAUCUCGGAGAAUUAGGAAGUGGUACAUGCGGUCAUGUGGUGAGAAUGUUGCACAAGCCUAGUAAUACUGAAAUAGCCGUCAAACAAAUGAGAAGGUCUGGAAAUAGUGAAGAAAAUAAACGUAUUACUACUGAUCUUGAAGUUGUACUCAAGUCUCAUGACUGUCCUUAUAUUGUUAAAUGUUUGGGUGCAUUUAUCACCGAAUCAGAUGUGUGUAUUUGCAUGGAACUGAUGGCUACCUGUUUUGAUCGUCUUUUGAGAAGACUCAAGGCACCAAUCCCAGAAGAUGUACUUGGGAAAGUCUCUUUACAUACUGUAAAAGCGUUAAGCUAUUUAAAAGAGUCUCAUGAUGUUAUACAUAGAGAUGUUAAACCAUCAAACAUUUUGUUGGACGAAAGAGGAAAUGUAAAAUUAUGCGACUUUGGUAUUUCUGGUAGAUUAGUUGAUUCUAAAGCUCGUACUAAAAAUGCUGGAUGUGCUGCUUACAUGGCUCCUGAACGAAUUGAACCCAGGCAACUGGAUUACGAUAUACGAUCUGAUAUUUGGAGUUUGGGUAUUACAUUGGUUGAAUUGGCUACGGGUGUGUUUCCAUACCGUGAUUGUAAAUGUGAUUUUGAAGUAUUGAGUCGAGUUUUAAAUGAUGACCCUCCUUCACUUCCUCUAGAUCAAGAGUUCACCUUAGAAUUUAGGAAUUUUGUAUCUAGCUGUUUGAUUAAAGAUUACAAAGUACGACCAAAAUACAAACAAUUAUUGGAACACCCAUUUUUACAAAAAUAUAUGAUAAAAACAGUUAAUGUUGCUGAAUGGUAUGCUGAAGCUACAAGUCAAAAUAUAAUACUCAAAAUAGCAAAACCGGUUGUAGAAAACGUUCCUAUUAGUGUCCGUAAGAUGUCAGAUCAUCAAUUUCCUUCAUUAAGUUUAAUUGAUAAAAACAAAAUAAAUGGAAAUUUGGUGAUUGACUCUCCAAAACCAGUGAAACGCUUUCCAAGUAUGGAAGUGCCUCCUUCAGUGUUGUUGUCACCGUAUAAACAAUUGACGGGACAAUUGACAAAUGGAGGCAAUGUUUCUGCCAAUACUAGUCCAUUAGUACUGCAACGGUUUUAUCAUCAACAAAACCAACACCAUUCUAGGUCAUCUUCUGUAUCUCCAAGCCUUUUUGAACGAAAUACUACUAGAGAAAUUAAUCCCUCAGAUUCACCCAAACCUAGUCCAAGGAAGAUAACAAGACGUGAGGUGUGCCCUGCCUCUCCAGCACCUGUACGUAAGACUUUUGAAGGUUCUCCAGCCUUAUCUAGACGAUAUGUAUCACCUGUUCCACCAACUCCACCGCCACGUCGCCUAUCAGAAAGUGGAUCGUCGCCACUACAUACAUUUUACCAACAACGAUUAUUUGGUCAACCAAAAUUGGAAGAAAAAGAUCGAAGAUACACACCUCAACCACGUAGACGUAGCGUUUGCCAGUUUAACGAUAUAUGA